GAUUAUGGGAUUAUGUUCUCUUUGACUAGAAUGAACGUAUUACCUUCAAGUUCAACUUUAAGUUCAUUUCCUCUCGAAAAUACAGAAGUACAUGCCAUUGAUGAUAAAGAGUAUGUUCCACUCUUGACAUUUCACCAACAUUCUUUAGAAAAUCUAGAAUCAGAUCUUGAGGAUAAGAAAGAGGAUACCACAAGUGUUCGUAGAG